AAUAAUUGAGACUCCCAUCUUUUUUCUUGCCUUUUCGUCACUUGUCUUGCUCGAUUGCAAAGCUGGCGGUAGGAGGAAAACCUUCGACUUGAGACGCAGCGUAAGGAGCACGACGAGGCUGUCAAAGAGCAGAACAGGUUACGGGAGCAAGAAUGCGUUGAAAGAAGCCUGUGCGAAGAUGAAGAAGACGGAGCCCGAGGUGGGGCGCGUGGUUCGAGCGAUAUCUCCGCAACGCCAGACGAGACGAAAAGAGGCGAGCGAACAGCUACAUGGCCAACGAUCUGAGCUCCAACAACGCCAGGGAGACUUUCGCGUGUUCAGUGAUAAAUGCAAGCAAGGCCAGCAUGGAGAGCUUGCCAAACUGGAGCGCCAAGUCCAAGCGCUGAGUGAUUCAAUCGCCCAAACGAAGCAGCGAGAGGAUACAGCAGUCCAGGCGUCGGCAGAUCUGGCACCGCAGAUGCAGAGUGCGCAGACGAAUCUGAGUCCGAAUGAGGUUGGAAAGCGCCAAAUCCAAGACAAUAUCGACUACCGUGAGCUCCAAAAGCAGCUGGAGAAGAUGCGCGCUGAGGUCGCAGAUCUCCAGAAUCAUAUCGGCAAGUUACCGUCACUGGACGACGUGAACGAUCGAGUUGAAUCGGCGGAUGCGGCGUUGAGCUUUGCGGAACACUCGGCCUCCGUGAUGGUGGGAAAGAGACAACAGUUGCUAAAGGAACUUCGCGAGCAGAAGGCCAAUCUCCGUGUCCCGACUUUGAAGGACGUCGAAGAGAAGUACCGACACAAGUUGAUCUAG